CGGCCGCCCCCGGAGAGGAAAAUGGGAGCCGGGGGCGAACGAGAGGGUCAGUGAGGGCGGUAGUGAGGGAGAGAGGAAGUGAGAAGUGAGAGAGAGACAGACGCACACACACACACACAGAGUGAGAGAGCGAAAGGAGUGAGGGAAGUGCGGGCAUUGAGUCGGGAGUCGGGAGCCGGGAGUCGGGAGUCGGGAGCCGGGAGUCGGGAGUCGGGAGCCGCCACUAGCUACAUUCUGAUACAAUGUAUCCGUGCGGCAUCUAAGCGCCGCAACCAUCCCAGAGCCCUGGUGACCGAUCGGACGGAGUCCCGGAGCCCCGACACCGAGACCCGGCGCGGUGAAGAUGGACGCGGGAGGAAUGGAGAAGGAUUGCAGCGCGCUCGGCGGCCUCUUCCAGACCAUCAUGAGCGACAUGAAGGGUGGGUACCCAGUCUGGGAGGACUUCAUCUCGAAAACCACAAAGCUGCAGUCACACCUCAGGACAACUAUCGUUAUCGCAGGUGCUUUCCUCGAUGCUUUCCAGAAAGUGGCAGACCUGGCCACAAACACACGAGGAGCUACAAAGGAGAUCGGUUCUGCACUGACCCGAAUGUGCAUGAGGCAUCGCAGUAUUGAGUCCCGGCUCAAACAGCUCACUGUGGCCUUGACGGAGAGUUUGAUAAACCCCUUGGAGCUCCGCAUUGAAGAGUGGAAAAAGGUCGGCAACCAGCUUGACAAAGACCAUGCAAAAGAGUGCAAGAAAGCCCGACAGGAGAUUAAGAAGAAAUCAUCCGACACACUGAAACUACAGAAGAAAGUUAAGAAAGGGAAGGAGGAUGCUCGACUGCAGCUCGACAGUGCACUGCAGGACGUGAACGAGAAGUACGUGGUGCUGGAAGACACUGAGAAACAGGCGGUGUGCAGGGCACUGAUUGAGGAACGAAGCCGUUUCUGCACCUUCGUCACCCUGCUGCGGCCUGUGCUGGGCGAGGAGAUCGAGAUGCUCGGGGAGGUCACUCACCUGCAGACCAUCCUGGAGGACUUGACCGCCCUGACGGCUGAUCCACAGGCACUGCCCCCAGCCAGCGAGCAGGUCAUCUUGGAUUUGAAAGUGACAGACGACUACAACUACACAUACCACACACCCCCCUCCUCGCCCAGCGGGACCUUGUCCCGGAGAGGAACCGUCACCAGUUCCUCCAGCGGUGCCCUGCUCCUCUCCGCAGUGAACAGACAGCCCAGCAUCACCAGCACAGAGCUGCCUGUGCCCACGGACAAUAUCCAACUGCAGCCGCUGCCCGUCCCCGUCUCCGUCUCGCACCACAGCCAGGCCUGGAGCACGUUACCACCCUCAGACCGAGGUCAGGGCAGUGGAGGCCCUCUUCCAACUGUGGGUCACAACGGAGCCCCAGGAGUCUAUGCACACAGCGCAGAGAGACCCCGGGCAAUGACGGCUACCGCUGCCUACAAGAUACCGCCAUUCCCUGCCCUGACAUUGGGCUCCGGUGCCGUAGGGGAGACGCAGCGACACAGCCGGGACUCACUGCUCUGUUCCAGUGGGUACAACACUCAGACCACCACUCCUUCCGUCUCUGAGGACACCAUCCCCACCCACCCUGUGAAGAAGGAGGCGUCCCUGGUGGUGGCGGAUUAUGACUACAUCUCCCUGCAUGGCGAGCAGGGCCUGACAGACCAGAUGAAUUUCGACAAGUCGUCCACCAUCCCGAGGAACAGCGACCUGAGCCAGAACUACCGCCGGAUGUUUCAAGACAAGCGUCCAGCUUCCACCGUCAGCCUGCUCACCGAACUUGAGCCCGCCGUGCCCUCUCACAUCGCCACCAUCCGUCGGAAGCCAUCCAGCAAGCCUGGCCGCCGGGGUACGGUCAGUGGGGUGCCCAUCCCCAUCCGCACCCCAGUGGUGCCUGCUCCGGUGCCUGGGGGGCACCCUGUUGGCCGGUCGGGCAGUGAGGAGUGGGUGGCCCCUCAGGCCACACGCUGUGGCCUGGCACAGAGAAGGCAUGGCCUCUGCAGUUCAGCACAGAGUCUGAGCACUAUACCGAGCUGCGUUCCCCAGCCCGCAGCCACCGGCCUCAGCCUCAUCCCUGCCGGCAACGGGUUGCCGGCACAGCCAGUGGGGGUGACAGACUCCACUCCGGAUCCCUCGCCCACAGAGCCAGGUGACGUCCUCUCCAUGAUCCGGCGGGGCGUCAAAUUGAGGAAAACUGUCACUGAUGACCGGUCCGCACCAAAGAUCAUCUAGGGCACGGCUGGGGUGGCUCAGUCCAGCACUCUCACUGUCUGACCCACCCUCCCCCUCUCCGACUCUCCCUCCCACCUGCCCUCCCCCUCUCCGACUCUCCCUCCCACCCGCCCUCCCCCCUCUCCGACUCUCCCUCCCACCCGCCCUCCCCCCUCUCCGACUCUCCCUCCCACCCACUCUCCCCCUUCCUGACCCUCCCCCUCCCUCUCCAAUCCACCCCCCUCCCUGACCCACUCUCCCCCUCCCUCACCCACCCCCUCCUUGCUGCCACUGGCUGUUUCUCCUCACCCUCUCUUGUAUCACUCUAGUUGUUGGCCUUGGACUGAGUCCCCACCGUGAGCCUUGGUCAGGACCUCCCUCAUCCCUGUCUCCCCAGGGAGGUAAACCUCUCAUCACAGAGAAACCCUCAGCACCCUGAGUGCUCGUGGGCUGGAGAUGAUGUGGACAGGGGACCAUCUCACACUCCUCAGGGUGGAGGUGACACUGGCAGUGCAGGCAAUGUCCAAGGUCAACCUGGGCUCCCCGGGGGGUAGUGGAGGUGAUACCUCAUUCCUUCCACACCACUGGCUGGUGAGGAAAGGCGCUGUGGGAAUGCAGCCGAUUCACAAGCGAAGCUGAGUUGUCAUGCCCCUCCUGGCCUCACUGUGGUGAAGCUGAAGUAUGCUGUGCAUCUGCUGAGGACUUGCAUCGUGUGGAAAGUUCCACUGGUUUUUGGCAAACAGAAAAGUCUCACAGAAACCCAUCAGAUCUCUUGUAAACCCACGAGGUGCUUGGCUGGUGGGCACAUCCCGUUGGCUUCACAUCGACGGAUAUUUAUUGAGAAAGCUUCUGGUUGUUAAGUGGAUUUGCUGCCUUUAAUGUUCCACCACUCCCUGAAGCAAAAGUCUUUACUUAGUUAAGAAUAUAGUUUGUAAAUGUUUGAUUUCUGUUUGUGCUGGUGCCUAUUGCUUUGUGGUGAGGAGCUGUCCUCGAGCUUCAACAGCCCCUCCUCAUCUGUGCUUUUCACUUAACUGGGCAGUUUUUUGUAAUUGUUGGCACAUCCAAAGUGUUUUGGUUUUAAAGGAUGUUUGUUAUUUUUAAAAACAAGUUUUAAAAUCAGAAGCUUAGUGACAAUGAAUUUCUCCUGUAAUUGAUAGAUUUUUAUAACUUGCUUGGGUGCCCUCUGACUCCGUCAGGUUCCUAUUGACCUUUGUCCCAGUGCCCUCUGACCCUGCUGCUCUGCAGCCUCGUUAUGAGUCAGCCUGGAUGUCUGGGAUGACUGGUGACCCUCGCUUGUUCCUCCAAGUGCCUCUUCCUACUAAAUGUGCCAAACUCAGCCUCUGACAACCUACUGGCCUUUUGGGAAAGUCAGUGACAGGCCGGGAUACAAAUAUUGUCUAUCAGAGUGACUACACCUCACUCGCUGUCCACCAAACCAGUCAGAAAUGCUCUUUGGAAAACUGAUCACAACACUUAGCUCCAAACUGAAUUAAUCUUAGAUUGCAGCUGAGGGUUAGUGAAUCUAUCAAGAGAGGGCAGGUUGUUUUUGUUCCUGGAUCACCUACAGACUGAGACCGUGUUCCUGCCUGUACGUCCCUCCCAAUGGUCACUUACAGAGACCACGUCCCUCCUAACAGUCACCUAGAAACCGAGACCGUGUUCCUGCCUGUACGUCCCUCCCAAUGGUCACUUACAGACAGAGACCGUGUUCCUGUCUGUACGUCCCUCCCAAUGGUCACUUACAGACCCAGACCUUGUCCCUGCCUGUACGUCCCUCCCAAUGGUCACUUACAGAGACCGUGUUCCUGUCUGUACAUCCCUCCCAACGGUCACUUACAGACCGAGACCGUGUUCCUGUCUGUACGUCCCUCCCAAUGGUCACUUACAGACCGAGACCGUGUUCCUGUCUGUACGUCCCUCCCAAUGGUCACUUACAGACCGAGACCGUGUUCCUGUCUGUACGUCCCUCCCAACGGUCACUUACAGACCCAGACCUUGUCCCUGCCUGUACGUCCCUCCCAAUGGUCACUUACAGACUGAGACCACGUCCCUCCUAACAGUCACCUAGAAACCGAGACCGUGUUCCUGCCUGUAUGUCCCUCCCAAUGGUCACUUACAGAGACCACGUCCCUCCUAACAGUCACCUAGAAACCGAGACCGUGUUCCUGCCUGUACGUCCCUCCCAAUGGUCACUUACAGAGACCACGUCCCUCCUAACAGUCACCUAGAAACCGAGACCAUGUUCCUGCCUGUACGUCCCUCCCAAUGGUCACUUACAGACCAAGACCGUGUUCCUGUCUGUACGUCCCUCCCAAUGGUCACUUACAGACAGAGACCACGUCCCUCCUAACAGUCACCUGGAAACCGAGACCGUGUUCCUGCCUGUACGUCCCUCUCAACAGUCACUUACAGACAGAGACCACGUCCCUCCUAACAGUCACCUAGAAACCGAGACCAUGUUCCUGCCUGUACGUCCCUCUCAACAGUCACUUACAGACCGAGACCGUGUUCCUGCCUGUACCUCCCUCCCAAUGGUCACUUACAGACAGAGACCACGUCCCUCCUAACAGUCACCUAGAAACCGAGACCGUGUUCCUGCCUGUACGUCCCUCCCAAUGGUCACUUACAGACAGAGACCGUGUUCCUGUCUGUACGUCCCUCCCAAUGGUCACCUAUGGACCAAGACCAUCUCCCUGCCUGUACCUCCCUCCCAAUGGUCACCUAUUGAGGGAGCUUCCAGUUUGUGCUUCCACUGGUGAACUUAACCAGUUAAGUUAAGUAGUUACAGAGCAAAGGCCCAAAGAAUGGUGGGAUGGUAAAGCCUAGGAGGUUGUUCGCUUCUUCAGGUUUGUGGUAGCUCACUGUGGGUAAAAUUGACCAGUCCCAAUGGCCACAGCUAGAAUAUGUGUCCACAUCUGUAACCACAGGCUUGGAAGCCCUUGGACCCAUUAGCAGCACAUCCUCCCAGCCCGUGAGGUUCCAGAGAAUCCUCUGUCUGUGAGGCUUAGAGAUUUCUGCUGAUUGGACCUGGAAGUCCUGGCCAGAUCUCCCAACCCACAGAGGUGCCGGGGACAGGGGGUGAGCACGGUGCAAGAGGGAAAGGAACCACUGGAGGUUGGUCCCCUGCAGUCGAGGGUCAGUUAGGUUGCCUGCUGUACUGUGGUCUGACUGGCUACUUCGUUCCCACAGCCCUGGAGUCCAACAGGUAGAGCCCAUCUCCUGCCUGAGGGCACCCUCCUGAACCAGAGGCUGCUGAGGGUCAGGCACUGGGGUCAGGGAAUGAAGUGGGUGGCUGCCACUGGCCCAUCAUCUCUGAAAAGCACAAAUGUCGAAUUUGCAGGAGUAUUUUUGCAAUCUUUGCACUUUAGGCCAGAAUCUGAGGUUCAUGGGGA